CAAGUACCGGUGGUAAAAUGUAGGGCAGGGCAACAAGUACCUCUGAUCUCCAUGGCACCACAGACCCUGGAAAAGCUCUUUGACAAACUUGGCCACUUUGGAAGAUUUCAAGCUUCUGUGUAUUUUGUGGUCAAUUUCCAAACAAUAGCUUGUGGGAUCCACUAUUUGGCCUCAGUGUUUCUUGCUGUAACACCACAGUUUGUGUGCAAGUUACCUGGAAAUGUGACCAAAAUCCUUGUUUCAAAUACCACAGCCGGUCCUGGAGAUUUGUGGAACUUGUGGACUCCAGGAUCACGCAGUGUUAUUGCUCAGAUGGAAAAUGGAGAGAUCUGGGAAGCUGAGCAGUGUAGUCGCUUCAAAAGAAUUGGGAGCUUUGAGCUGGUGAAUUACUUUAAAGGCAACAGGACACGGUAUUCCUGCUCUGACGGUUUUAACUAUGAUCAAAGCCACAUUGAAAACAGCAUUGUGACUGAGUGGGACCUGGUCUGUGACAGAGAAUGGUUAGCAAAACUUACCCAGCCCAUCUUUAUGUUUGGAGUCCUACUUGGGGCUGUGGUGUUUGGAGAUAUUGCUGACAGGGUGGGACGACGCUCUAUACUGUGGUUCACAAGCACAGCUCAGUUUGUGUUUGGAGUUGCUGUUGCAUUCACCAAUGAUUAUUACAGCUUCAUUGUUGUCCGUUUCCUCCUAGCCCUGGUUUCUAGUGGCUACCUUGUGGUAGUUUUUGUCUAUGUGACAGAAUAUACUGGAUUGAAGGCCCGCAGUUGGGCAUCUAUGCACGUCCAUGCUUACUUUGCUGUUGGCAUCAUGGUAGUUGCCUUGGUUGGAUUCCUGGUACGGGCCUGGCGGUUCUACCAACUUAUACUGUCACUUGUAACCAUACCUUUUAUAUUUUGCUGCUGGCUAUUGCCAGAGACACCCUGGUGGCUUCUGGCUAAAGGACGGUUUGAAGAAGUCCAGAAGCUGAUUGACACAAUUGCUCGAUGGAACAAAGUCAAGAUCCCUUGUCACGUCUCUGUGAUGCAGAUGAGUAGUCCCGAGGAUUCAACAGACAAAGAAAUUGCAAGAAAGAAAAGCGAGACCAAAGUAGAGAAAACCAGUAUCCUGGAUCUUUUCCGUAGCUGGAAUUUGGCUAAGAGGACCAUCACAGUUUGGCUUGUAUGGUUCACUGGGAGUCUGGGCUAUUAUGUUAGCUCUUUGGGCUCUGUCAAUCUGGGUGGAAAUGAAUAUCUGAACCUCUUUCUAGCAGGUGCGGUGGAAAUUCCUUCCUAUAUUGUUGCCUGUUUUGUAAUGGACAGACUGGGAAGAAGAAAUACAUUGGCACCAUCCCUGUUCCUGACUGGAGUGGCCUGUUUUCUCAGCAUGGUGAUCCCUCAGGACAUUGAGGCUCUGUCUAUCACUGUAAGCAUGAUUGGAAAAUUUGCCAUAGCUGUGGCAUUUGGGUUGAUUUACUUGUACACUGCUGAGCUGUACCCAACUAUAAUACGUUCGUUGGCUGUCGGUAGCGGAAGUAUGAUGGCUCGAGUUGGAAGCACAGUGGCACCUUUUUGUGUUCUCCUUUCAUCAGUGUGGAUCUUUCUACCACAGCUGAUUGUUGGAAUCAUGUCCUUUCUGACUGGCUUGUUGACCCUGUUGCUCCCGGAAACUCUUGGGAGACCUCUGACUCAGACCUUUGAGGAAGCUGCAAAAUUGCAAAACAAAAAGAAGCGAGACAAACCCAAAGAAGGCUCAUCACGUGGAGGAAGUAGCAGUGCUGCCAUGGCGAGUAUUGAGAAACAAGAUUACAUCAUCGAUGGAAUGGAGAAAUCAAAGGAAGAACAGAAUCUGAUUGAACAUUUAACACGGUUGUAAAGCUCACUUAUUCAUCACAAAGCCUUGAAGUAGGCAGCUGUUAUAGUGCUGGUACUGAUUAGAUACUAAUACCUUCAAUCUGUGAAUUAACAAAAGUAUACAAGCAGUUUGGCACCUAUUACAAACAAUAUAUGUAGAGAUAUUAUAUAUAUAUAAAGUAAAACCCAAUAUUAUUUUUAGUAGAUUGUCCCUACUCUAGUUAAGUGGUCAAGAAUUAGUCCUAUUAGACAUCAAGAGAACAACUUAUCAAUUAUAGCGCAUGCUGAUUUAGAUAUAUUGGAAUUUAACUGCAAAAUGAAUAUUGACUGAUAACAGUCUAACUCAUAGCCUACAGUAGGCUGCAUUUUAUAUUCUUACCAACUGUCUCUUCUGGUUAAAAAAAAACCUAUUCUUAACUUUUGAUCCACCAGGACCUCAGAAAUUACUGACAAGUAAUUGUUUAAGAUUUUCUUUAACAUUAAUCGGCACUGGAUGACAAGAGGUGUGCUAUUUUGGGGAGUGAAUUCAAAUUUGCAGGAAACUAAGACUACUAAUUUGUUCCACGAAUCAUGAGUCAAGACAAGCUGUUCUCUAUUGUCAUGUUGACCAACCAACGCAUAAAAAUACAUUUUUAUUUUGGAAUUAGUUCAGUGAAUGUUGCCAUAUCGGCUACAAUCAAUCCACUAAAAUCGGGCUUG